AUGGAUCAUACCGCGGGGCCAAAGGAGUUUGUCCUUUGCUUUGAUGGGACUAAUAACAAAUUCCAUGGCGACUCAUCCGACAGCAAUGUGCUUAAAAUAUUCAGAAUGCUCGAUCGGACUACCUCCAAGCAGUGUCAUUAUUAUCAACCUGGUAUUGGCACGUAUGUAACGUCAGCCUCGCUUUCAGAUAGCGGCAUCACUAGAAAGAUCAAGUCCGCGUAUGUGAAAGCGAAAGACGCUGCGAUCGGGUCGACAUUGGCUGACCAUGUCAUGGGCGGUUAUAAGUUUUUGAUGCGAUAUUACUGCCCUGGGGAUCGAAUAUACUUUUUCGGCUUCAGUCGCGGGGCAUAUGUUGCCCGCUUCCUCGCUGAAAUGCUGGACAAGAUUGGUCUUCUGGAGGCGGGCAAUGAAGAGCUGAUACAUUUUGUCUGGAAGACAUUUGCAAAGUGGCAACAACGCAGCGGCAACACCGAAGAAGAAAAGACCGAGAAGGAGAAGUUAGAGCAGUACAUGAGGGCAUUUAAAGAGACAUUCUGCCACCCUGUGUCCAACCUGUGCUUCUUGGGCCUGUUCGACACUGUCAAUAGUGUACCCCGAUUUGAGCGGGCCUGGAUGAGAAGACACAGCCGGUUUCCUUAUACUGCCCGCACCUCAGCCAAGGUGAUCCGCCAUGCAGUGAGUAUCGACGAGCGUCGGGCCAAAUUCCGCCAGGACCUCAUAUCAGACGUUACCCCGACGCGGAGAGAACACCGCUUUCGGUUGCGCCAGCACCUGGAGAAACAUCAUAUGCAUCUUCCUCAUCAUAGUCACCACCAGCGCCAUAACAGCCGCUUGUCGGGCUCUGCUCAGCAACCUAGUGCUGUUGCUUCUUCCGCUUCGUCCGAGAACGAGGAAAUCAACGACGUGCAGGACAUCGAAGAGGUAUGGUUUCCCGGAUGCCACGCAGAUAUCGGAGGAGGAUGGCCAUUGAACACAGGCGAAUAUGCUCUCAGUCAGGUGCCGUUGGUGUGGAUGGUCCACAAUGCACAGAAGGCAGGACUGCGAUUCGAGCCAGGAAAGUUGAGGCUCUUCGAGUGCUCAAGCGACUCAACUGGAGAUCAUGCAGGACCCUCACCGGGCGAAAAUCAUUCAGAAAACGAAGAUCCCACGUCUGGUUUCGAGUUUUUUCUCCACAGGUCCAGCACAGAUUCACGAAUGCACGACUCUCUCCGAUUUGGCAAGGGGAUUCACUGGACAACUGUUCUUUCCUGGAAAGUCAUGGAAUAUCUGCCCUUCCGUCGGAUGGACUUGCAGGAAGAUGGCUCAUGGAAACCCAUUCGGUGGCCUCUACCUUGCGGAGAAGUGCGCGACAUUCCUGAUGAUGCCAAGAUUCACGUUUCAGCCAUUCGUCGUUUGAAGUCAGAUCCAGAAUAUCGGCCGGGGAACCUGAUCAUGGGAGGUGGAGGGAGAGGGAAGAAAAAGGCACCAGAAGAAUGCGGAAUCGGGGAGUGGGAGAUUGCGGACUAUCCUGGCUGUCCUAUAAAAGGAACAUAUGUGCGCAAGCCGCUAUCAAAGGAGGCACGCCAUAUGGACCAUUAA